GUGGGUUCCACGGCGAGGGAAGGAGUGACCGGGACACCGAGGAUGGACGCGCAGACCUGGCGCGUGGGCUCUCGCUGUCUCCUCCUGCUGGCUCUCGUGGGGUCUAUCCGAAGCGAGGGCGUGCAGAGCUGCGAAGAAGUUCGGAAACUUUUCCAGGGGCGCCUGGUGGGACCUGUCAAGGGGCUGCCGGAUUCGCCACGGGCAGGGCCUGAUCUUCAGGUUUGCACAGCCAAAAAACCUACGUGUUGUACCAGGAAGAUGGAGGAGAGAUACCAAGUCGUGGCUCGCCAGGAUAUGCAGCAGGUGCUUCAAACAUCCAGCUCUGCAUUAAAGUUUUUGAUAUCUCGAAAUGCAGCUGCCUUUCAAGAAACCCUCGAAACUCUUAUCAGACAAGCAGAAAAUUACACCAGCAUACUUUUCUGCAACACCUACAGGAACAUGGCCCUAGAGGCCGCUGCUUCUACCCAGGAGCUCUUCACCGAUGUAGGGCUCUAUUUAUUUGGUGCGGAUGUUAAUCCUGAAGAAUUUGUAAACAGAUUCUUUGACAGUCUUUUCCCGCUGGUCUAUAAUCAUCUCAUUAACCCUGGUGUGACUGAGAGUUCCCUGGAAUACUCAGAAUGCAUUCGGACGGCCCGCCGGGACAUUAGCCCAUUUGGUAAUAUUCCCAAAAGAGUGCUGGGACAGAUGGGGCGGUCGCUGCUGCCCAGUCGCACGUUUCUGCAGGCGCUGAACCUGGGCAUUGAAGUCAUCAAUACCACAGACCAUCUGCACUUCUCCAAAGAGUGUGGCAGAGCCCUGCUGAGGAUGCAGUACUGCCCACACUGCCAAGGCCUGGCUCUCACUAAGCCUUGCAUGGGGUACUGCCUCAACGUCGUGAGAGGCUGCUUGGCACAUGUGGCAGAGCUUAACCCACACUGGCAUGUGUACAUCCGGUCACUGGAAGAGCUGUCGGAUGCCAUGCGUGGGACCUAUGACAUUGAACACGUGCUUCUGAACUUCCACUUGCUCGUUAAUGAUGCUGUGAUGCAGGCUCACCUUAAUGGACAGAAGUUAUCAGAACAGGUAAAUAAGAUUUGUGGCCGUCCAGUCAGAACACCCACACAAAGCCCCCGUUGUUCUUUUGAUGGAAGCAAAGAGAAGCAUGGAAUGAAGAUCUCUAUAAGAAACGGUGAAGAGACACUUGCCAACAGAAGAAAAGAAUUUAUCAGCAGCCUUCGACUGUACAGGACGUUCUAUGGGGGCCUGGCUGAUCAGCUUUGUGCCAAUGAAUUAGAGGCCAUUGAUGGACUACCAUGCUGGAAUGGAGAAGACAUAGUAAAAAGCUACACUCAGCAUGUCGUUGGAAAUGGAAUCAAAGCCCAAUCUGGAAAUCCUGAAGUCAAAGUCAAAGGAAUUGAUCCUGUGAUAAAUCAGAUUAUUGAUAAACUGAGGCACGUUAUUCAGUUAUUACCAUCUAAGAGAGACAUAUGGUAUGUCAAUGGUACAGCUUAUUAAGGUGUUUGAGGAGGAAAUAUUAAGAAUGUGUACCAGAUGGUAUUUAGCUCCAUAAGAGCACAGAUGAUUACCAGGUAGUUGCUUCUGUCUUUUCUCUUUGAUAUUCAUAUGUAACUCAUAGCACUUGUAGAAACACUUUAAAAAAUACCAAUGUAUUAUCUUUGAGGAUCUCUCUGCAUGUUUUGGCACAAUAGUUUGGUGUUAACUGACUACAUUAUUUCCAACUGAUAAAAAACCCAUUUAAGGUAGAAGGAAAAGACACCCAUCUCCAUGUGUUCCCAGAAUUCCAAUUUAAAAAAAAAAAAACACAAAAAACAAACUGAUGUGUAUGUGCACAAAAUCAAACUUUGAAUAUUACAAAUCUUUUACUGUUACCAUAAGGAUGGUUUUCAUAAUUACAUCAAUCAGUAGUAAAGAAAGAAAAAGGGAAAUGCAAAAAUCUAAAAUACAAAAUCUACUUCAAAAUGUGACUUACAGGAAAGUCUGAUAAAUGAGCUGUAAAAAGAAAUAUGGUCUAUGCUGCAUGGCAGGGAUCCUCACCCCCUGGGAUCUAAUGCCUGAUACUCUGAGGUGGAGCUGAUGUAAUAAUAGAAAUAAAGUUCGUAAUAGAUGUAGUAUGUUUGAAUCAUCCCAAAACCAUCUCCUUGCACUCCCCAUUGAUGGAAAAAUUGGUUUUCCAUGAAACCUGUCCCUGGUGCCAAAAUGGUUGGGGACCACUGUGUAUGGUUUAGGAGGGAGCUUCAUCUAAGGCAAACAACCUGAAAAGACGCUAGGGGUGGUAGCCUGCCAUAGCAUGUGGUGGAGGAAAUUAACAUGGAAAAAUUCAGUGAUGUCUCCAUUAUGCGAAGGUAGCCAGCCAAAAAGUAAUAGCAAGCAAGAAAAUGUUUGGAAUAAGCACUAAAGUUACUAAAUUAGAUUUGUGAAAAUGGGAAAGCCAAAUGCCUUAAGGCAAACUGCAGGUAUGAGACCAAACAAAUCAGAGGUCAAUCUAGUGAUGUGUUUAAUGUUAAAUGAAUAUAACUGCAAUAUAAGCAGUGUAUAUACUUUUCUUUGUGGUUCCUUUUUUCCUAUCAUUCUAUGAUAAACAUGUGCAUUCUUUGCAUACUAGAUUCUCAUUUCAUUGUCAGUCGAACAGAUAACAGGAGCCUUUUGGUUCACCCUUUGGAGAAACUGAUGUCUUGUAAUGUGGACUGAGCUAAGGGACCAGCCUUUAUUUAAAAUCACCAGCUGAGGCAGAGUCUCCUCCACUGAAAAUAUACACCUGCUUCAUCUGUAAGCAUCAGUGGGAGCAGCCUUCCUAGAGAGAAACUGAAACUCGGCCUUAGCAGGCUCAGGGCUGGGCCCCAUUAAUUGCACUGAAUUUGGGAUACUGGCGCUUUUCACGGUAAGUUUCAAUUUGCCACAACUUUCAUACUCCAACCUUAUUUCCUGUCACACAAACACAGAACUGUUCUCUCAUUACUAAAGCUGCCAGUUUUUUGUUUUUUUUUUUUUUUCCCCUCAUGGAUUAAUGUCCCUACCCUGCUAUUCCUCCAGGCAGAAAUGAAAUUCUUAGCUUUAUG